AUGAUUCUUAAACACCUAAGCAUAUUAAGACAAAGGAACUUCUUCAGACAUGAGGAACUCAACAAAGGUACUAUAAAAGGCUGUGGGCAUGAUGCAGGCCGUCACCAGCGCAGAUACGGACAUGGAAAAUUUGUCGCCGCGCGCGAACACCUUCUUGCCCUGAUGCUCGUCAUGGCUGCUGCUCGCCACGGUUACUGCCACGCUGGUGCUGCACGCGUGCCCGCGCCGCCCGCAUUGCUAGUGGCGCCGGCGCUGGACUCGGCAUCAUCGUCUGCGUUCUUGAACCGGCCGAGCCUAACCGGGAGCAUGACGCUGCUUGCGGCCUCGGCGUCUGGCGCCUGGUCCUGCUACGGCUUCUGCUCCCGAACGUCCGGGACGACAGAUGAUGUCGUGUCUGCGGCGGCGGCGAGGAGCCACAGCGGCGUGUACGAGCGCGCCGACGUCGUCGUCACCUACGUCCUUCUCUGCUUCACCGUCGCGCUGGAGUUCGUCUCGGCGUGCCUGGUGCUGGGGUCAGGCCUGCCCAUGGCGUUCACCACCACGAUGCUGGCGAGCACCACGGUGCUGGGGUCAGGCAUGCCAAAGCUUGCUGGUGGUGGCGCGACACUGCUGCUGCGGGCGGUGGAAACGUCGCAGCCGCAGCCGAGGCGCUCGGCAGACGACGGGACGGUGGCCUAUGGCCGGCCAUGGGAUUGGAGGCAAUGGUGCUGGUCACGCCCACAACCUGUUUGA